AUGUCUCGCUGGGUGAUUCUCACCUUUGCGUUCUCCUGUCUCCUGGCUGCAGCCCACGCUGCAACGGUAAGACCAAAUCUUCAUGUUCAAAUGGGUUUAAACCAUUAGAUUCUAGAUGUGCUAUUUCCUGGCAUCGUUGUGCAAUAAACUGGAAGUUGUUAGAUAUUCAUCAGUGAAUUUCAGAAGUUAGGUCAAAAUAACCAAGCCGAGAGAUAUUGCUGUGUUUGGGAAUUUUAGUUAUUUUUACAAAAACAUUUGAAAUGCUCUGAUGAAUUUCCGAUGAUUUCUAGUGAAGCGAAUAAGUUUGUGGGUGUCUUAUCACUGCCGUGACAGCAUGGGCUGGUUUUAUGCAGGGAGUUAUGGUCACAAAGUUCUAGCGAUGGAGCAAUCUCCAUGGAAAUGUUGUUGCUGAUUGAUAAGCAUUGGUUAGCAUUUUGCUCUUCAAUAGUCUUUUUAUACUUGAGGCCCAAAGUUUGGAAUCAGUUUUAUCCAAGGACUUUGUUCACCAAACUUAUGUAGUAGUUAUUGGCAUCAUUUAAUAUUUAUAUAUAUAUAUAUAUAUAUAUAUAUAUAUAUAAUAUAUACACAUGCACACAAUCUUCUAUAGGGAAUGUGGUGAUCUUGGGCAAGAGGCAGUGGCAACUACAAAGUCAUACUAUUCACUUUUGACUAUUCACUAACUUGUGGAUUGUCAGAAAUUCAAAGUGAAUGUCAAAUAAUUUUAGUACAAAAACAUAGUUGAUUUAAAAAAUUUUUUUUUUCUAAUUUGGCAGUUUUAGACAAACAAAACUGAAGUUUAAACUGAAUUCACACUGAAUUCUCAGCAAUUCACCCUUUAGUGAGAAGUUAACCAGAAUGUUUAAAUGUGUGAAGUCGCCCAAAGGAAGGAGAACUAUUUACAGAGCAGUGCGGGCUUUGCAUUUAGCUAAAUCUUCCCUCCCAAAUCUGGAUGAAAAACUGGUGAUAAGUUUGAAAUCCAGUAUGUCCCUAUAUUCGGUAUUAAAGGAUCAACACAACACAUCAUCAAAAGCUUUAGCUUUAAACUAGACGGUUGCCUCUCUGUGCCAGCUAAUAAAAACAGAUAAAUAUGAUUAGUUUUUUUAUAUUUACCUGCUUUUUCUUACUUAUGCUCUCCACACCCACCCCAGGAGAACACCGAUCUAACCAAUCAGUGUCCUAUUCUUAGAAAUGCUGGAAAUGUGCAUUGGGCAUGCCUUACAACAGGGCCGUAUUAACAGCAUUGUAGGUCUUCAGGCAAAACAGUGCACUCAGGCCCUGCCUAUACAACCACUUGAUAAAAUUGAUAAAAUGGUGAUUAUAUUUAUUUGUACCUCCAACAAAUGCAAUACAAACAUAAAAUACAUACACACAAACCACUGAGUACACACACACAGAUUGCUGAAUACACACACACAAACCACUGAGUACACACACACAGAUUGCUGAAUACACACACACAAACCACUGAGUACACACACAGAUUGCUGAAUACACACACAUACAGACUGUUGAAUGCGCACACACACACAGACAGACGGCUGAGUAAAUACAGACUGCUGAAAACUCACGCACACAGACCGUUGACUACACACAAAAACCACUGAGUACACACACACAGAUUGCUGAAUACACACACACACACACACACACAAACUACUGAGUACACACACAGAUUGCUGAAUACACACACAUACAGACUGUUGAAUGCGCACACACACACAGACAGACGACUGAGUAAAUACAGACUGCUGAAUGCUCACGCACACAGACCGUUGAAUACACACACACACAAACCGCUGAGUACACACACACACAUACUUCUGAAUACACAGACUGCUGAAUACACACACACAAUGCUGAAUACACACACACAAACCUCUGAGUACACACACACACACACACACACAGACUGCUCAAUACACACACAUAGGCCCUGCCUAUACAACCACUUGAUAAAAUUGAUAAAAUGGUGAUUAUAUUUAUUCGUACCUCCAACAAAUGCAAUACAUACAUACAAUACAUACACACAAACCACUGAGUACACACACACAGAUUGCUGAAUACACACACACACAAACCACUGAGUAGACACACAGAUUGCUGAAUACACACACAUACAGACUGUUGAAUGCGCACACACACACAGACAGACGGCUGAGUAAAUACAGACUGCUGAAUACUCACGCACGCAGACCUUUGACUACACACACACAAACCACUGAGUACACACACACAGAUUGCUGAAUACACACACACACAAACCACUGAGUAGACACACAGAUUGCUGAAUACACACACAUACAGACUGUUGAAUGCGCACACACACACAGACAGACGGCUGAGUAAAUACAGACUGCUGAAUACUCACGCACGCAGACCUUUGACUACACACACACAAACCACUGAGUACACACACACAGAUUGCUGAAUACACACACACACAAACCACUGAGUAGACACACAGAUUGCUGAAUACACACACAUACAGACUGUUGAAUGCGCACACACACAGACAGACGGCUGAGUAAAUACAGACUGCUGAAUACUCACGCACACAGACUGUUGAAUACACACACACAAACCGCUGAGCACACACACACAGACUUCUGAAUACACAGACUGUUGAAUACACACACACAGAAUGCUGAACACACACACACAAACCUCUGAGUACACACACACACACAGACUGCUCAAUACACACACAUAGACUCAGGCCCGGACUGGCCAUCGGGCACACCGGGCAAAUGCCCGGUGGGCCGCGGUGGCCAUGGGCCAAGGCCGGCAGGGCAGGUCCCAGGAUCUCCCCUGCCGGUCUAUGCAGGGCCGGCGCUAUCCGAGCGCCAGCCCCGCUGUCUUCCAUGGAGGGCCGGCGGGGAGAGAGGGGGGGGAUCCCGCCGCCAGGAGAGAGGACCCGGCGGAGCUCUAACUUGCAGCUCCGCCGGGUUUCUCUCGCGAGAUCCGGACCGUUGCUAUGGCAGCCGGCCGGGACUCGGAAGAGUGAACUCUAGCCCCAAAGGGCUAGAGUUCACUUACCACGAGGACCACCAGGGAUGGAUGUCAGCAGCACGACCCCCCCACCCCCCCUUCCAGGCUACAGGUAAGAAUAGAGGGGGGGGGAUAUAAUGUAUUUAUUAGUAUGUAUUUAUUUUUUAUUUAUUAUUAGUAUUUAUUAGUAUGUAUUUAUUAUUAGUAUUUAUUAGUAUGUAUUUAUUUUUAUUAUUUAUUAUUAGUAUUUAUUAUUAGUAUUUAUUAGUAUGUAUUUAUUUUUAUUUAUUAUUAGUAUUUAUUAGUAUGUAUUUAUUAUUAGUAUUUAUUAUUAUUUAUUAGUAUGUAUUUAUUUUUAUUAUUUAUUAUUAGUAUUUAUUAUUAGUAUUUAUUAGUAUGUAUUUAUUUUUAUUAUUUAUUAUUAGUAUUUAUUAGUAUGUAUUUAUUAUUUAUUAUUAGUAUUUAUUAUUAGUAUUUAUUAGUAUGUAUUUAUUUUUAUUAUUUAUUAUUAGUAUUUAUUAUGUAUUUAUUUUUAUUAUUUAUUAUUAUGUAUUUAUUUUUAUUUUUUAGUAAAACAUUAAUAGUGCCAUUUACCUGCCUCCCCCAAUACAAAAUCCUGGCAAACACACACAUCACCCUCACCCAGCACCCUAACACAUACACAGCACCCUAACACCAGCACCCUAACAUUGACACAGCACCCUAACACACACACAGCACCCUAACACACACACAGCACCCUAACACCAGCACCCUAACAUUGACACAGCACCCUAACACACACACAGCACCCUAACACACACACAGCACCCUAACACACACACAGCACCCUAACAUUGACACAGAACCCUAACACACACACAGCACCCUAACACCAGCACCCUAACAUUGACACAGCACCCUAACACCAGCACCCUAACAUUGACACAGAACCCUAACACACACACAGAACCUUAACACACACACAGCACCCUAACACACACACAGCACCCUAACACCAGCACCCUAACAUUGACACAGAACCCUAACACACACAGCACACUAACAUACACACAGCACCCUAACACACAUAGCACCCUAACACACACACAGCACCCUAACACCAGCACCCUAACAUUGACACAGCACCCUAACACACACACAGCACCCUAACAUUGACACAGAACCCUAACACACACACAGCACCCUAACACACACACAGCACCCUAACACCAGCACCCUAACAUUGACACAGAACCCUAACACACACAGCACCCCAACACACACACAGCACCCCAACACACAUACAGCACCCUAACACCAGCACCCUAACAUUGACACAUCACCCUAACACACACACAGCACCGUAGCACUCACACAACACCCUAACACACACACAGCACCCCAACAUACACACACAGCACCCUAACACCAGCACCCUAACAUUGACACAGCACCCUAACACACACACAGCACCCUAACACCAGCACCCUAACCCUAACACCAGCACCCUAACAUUGACACAGCACCCUAACACAUACAGCAACCUAGCACACACACACACAUCACCCCAACACAUACACAGCAACCCAACACACACACAGCAACCCAACACACACACAGCAACCCAACACACACACAGCAACCCAACACACACACACACACACACACACAUCACCCUCAAAUACACAUCACCCUCAAAUACACAUCACCCUCAAAUACACAGAACCCUCGCACAGUGCCCUCACACACAGCGCCCUCACACACAGCACCCUCCCACACACAUACUGCACCCUCCCACACACACUAUACUCCUCACAAAUGCACACUACACCCCUCACACACACAGCACCCCCCAAACACACUGCACCAGUCACACACUCACUAGAUCCCCUACACACAGACGCUGCACCACUUACACACACACUACAUUUCUGACUUACACACUCAGGAUCCCCUAUGAACACACUAGAUAUCCUUUAAGCAAACACAUAGUGUCUCCAUAAAUGGGAUACAGUGAGUAUUCCAAUUAUGGAAACCCCUGAGACAAGUUUCAAGCAAACACAAUGCAAGCAUGUUAUUAAAUUUGCUUGCGCUGUGCAGAUCAAAUACAGGGCCCUUUUCUCAUGACCUGGAAGAGCAUUGAACCAACAUGCUCACUUUGAGAUGGGGCGUGCUUGUCAUUGGGGAUGACAAAACACACCCAAUCUGGCCCCGCCCCCUUUUCAGUGGGCUGCUGUAAUAAAAAAUGCCCGGGCCGAAUUUUUUCCCCAGUCCGGCCCUGCAUAGACUGCAGAAAACAAACACACGGACUGCUGAAUACACACACACACACACAGACUGCUGAAUACACACACAGACUGCAAUGAGGGGUGCAGUGUGUGGGGGGAUGCAGUGUGUGUGUGAUAGGUGCAGUAUGUGGGUGGGGGUACAGUGUGUGGGGGUGCAGUGUGUGUGCGAGGGGUGCCAUGUAUGUGUGUGAGGAGAUGCAGUGUAAAAAAAAAUAUAAAAAAUGAAUAAUUAAAAGCUAUAUGUCCUCCGGUUGCAGGCUGCCUUUACUUCUCCCAUGAGCAGAGCAUAUCAUUGCCCUCCUCGUGGGAUGAACACAUAACCUCCUGGGUCCUAACUCCCUCCCUCUCCCCUAACUAAGUAUGAGUGAGCCAGUGAAGGAGAUCUUUGAUCACUCACAGCACAGUCACAAUGACACCAGGCUUCAGUCCCUGGAGGACUCAACUCUUACCUCUUGAAAGUGUUACCAUGGUAGACUAAAAUAGCUGUGACCGUGUAAGAUAAAAGUGAUAACCACAGAAUGGCCAAGAUGAUCUGCACUUCUGCUUCAAUAAAUGUAUCUCUAUAAGGUUACAUUUUUGUUUUCUAUUCGUCUCUGGAGCCUCGAAGAUGUACAACUCCAGUAAUGGCGACUGGUCAAAGAAAUCAGAGAUGUACUGAUCACAGUGCCCUACUUUCUAUAUGCCUGUUCUAAUGUUAUACCAAGCACAGGGAAUAUCUUGUAAUAGUAAACUCUUGUAUUUACAGCUGGGAGUUGUCCACACGGAAGGGGGAUUUGUGGAGGGAACAAGCAAAAAAAUUGGCGUUAUUUCCCCAGAUUACAUUGAUAUUUUCAAGGGGAUUCCCUUUGCUGCUCCACCAAAUGUUCUUGAAAAAGCAGGACCCCAUCCUGGCUGGUCAGGUAAAUUCUUGCUAGUUUCUACCUGUAUACAGACAAUUUAAAGAUUUGCCUCUAUUUUGGUUAAUCAGUGUUUUUGGCUCUAUUUUGAAUAUUACUUCUGUGGUAGCUUUGGUAAUACACCACACCUUUCCUCAUAACAACCACCAUUCUACACCUCUGUUCCUUCUUUUUGUCAGCCAAAUUUGCCACCUACUACUAGUAAGGCUGCUUAAAACACCACUAUAUUUGGGUUUAUGACAACUCACUUCCACAGGCUAUUAAGCGUCUUUCCUUUUUUCUUCACCUUAAGUCUAUAACUUACGAUCUUUUACUAUGCCAGCUAAUGAACUAGGCGUUCAUACGCAUGCCUAGGAUAAUAAGUAAUAUAUAGGAUCUAGAGGUUCUAUGUUUGGCAGAUAGUUGCCAGCACUUUUCAACCCUAAUUAACUAGGUGAAAGAGCUGACUAUAGAAUUCACCUAUUCUAUACCUACUACAGAACCUAUGCUUACUUUAGGAUGGUCUAGACCAGUGGUAUGCAAGUUUUGGCACUCCAGAUGUUGUGGACUGCAUCUACCCUAAUGCUUUGCCAGCAUUAUGACUGUAGGAGCAUUGAGCGAGAUGUAGUCCACAACACCUUGAGUGCCGAAGGUUGCCUAUCCCUGCUAUAGACUUAGUCCAGCUAUUUUAUUUUAUUUUUUAUUCUUUUUUUUUGCGUUUCCGAGGUGAGUGCACCAUAAUAAGAAAAAAGGUAACAAAUGAUCACAUAAAGCGGGAUAAUUAAACAGAGGAUAUUCACAUCAAGGUAACUAUUUUUAGCUUAAUUUGAUGCAGUGGUGUGAAUUGUGCUUGUUUGAGUUGUCAGUGAGCCCCUUUUGUACAGGGUUGGGGUUGGUUGAAUGCGAGCUGCCCUGAUACCGGGCAGUCCUGGUUGGUUUAUCUGCAUUUGGAUUGUGCACAUCGAGUAAAGCUAUCAAUGGUGACCGUUAUGGUAGCGUAGUGUCCCCCUAUGGGGGUUGAUCUGGCCAUUUCCAUUUGCCUGGUACAAGAGGUUGUGGCUUGGUGUGUGGUGUUGGGGCAUAGUAGCCAGUCUUGUAUGUCAUCUCGUGACUAGUUCUUCAUUCUGGGGUUGUGUGCGAGUGCACGGCCAGUGGUACGGUGGGCAGUGUAUUCCUCUGCUGUCCUGGUAACGUGUUGGAUGAGGUUCCACCUUCAUCCCGGGGUAGGGAAGGUCUAGGUGGGGGUCUACUGGUGAUGGAUAGGAGGGGGUGUAUGGGAGAGUUAUCCGUAUUGAGGUUGUGAGAGUGUGUUGUCAAAUUGCGAUUGGGUAGGUUUGCGUGUAGUGUUGUCGUUGCUACCUUUUCCGGUGCCCGGGCUGUAAGUGGAGAUUGGGAAUUCGAACAGCCAGGGGUUCCAUAUUUUAUCGCAGUGUUUAAUUGUAUCGUGUAUUAUAGCAGAAAGGGUAUCCAUUUUCCUGGUUUCCUCUAUUUUCCAUUUAAUGUCUCUUAUAGUGACGCUCCCCAGUGAGAUGCUAUUGCUCUUCUGGUGGCUAACGCCAAUUUUGCUAUAAGCUUGUUAUUUGUGCAGGGUGUGUCUUUUAGGGGUUUGGCCAGCAACCAUGUCCAGGGGUCUUUUUGUACGUUUGUGAGUAACGUUUGGGAAGCUAUGUUAGUGGUUUCCAUCCAGAUUGGUGUUAUUCUUGCCAUUCCCACCAUAAAUGGUAGUAUGUGCCUUUUUGCCCGCAUCCCUUCCAACAGUGAUCGCCCAUGGACAUUCUCAUUUGCUUCAAUCGGAGAGGUGUGAGGUACUAUCUCAUGAGUGUUUUAUAAGCCUGUUUUUUAUGGUUGAUGCAGAUAAUGACUGUCGCAGUGGCUUCCCAAAUGUGCCCCCACACUGUAGGGUCGUCGGGUGGACCCAGGUCCCUCUCCCAAGCCGAGACAUAAAAUAGAGUAUGAUCAGGUGUGGCGCGGACUAGGAGGGAGAUAUUGACCUUUGUUUACAGGGUUUUUCAUGCAAGCUUUUUCCAAAGCUGUGGGUGUUGUUUGUCCUGCUUGUUUGUAGGUGGUAUUGUCUAGGAAGUUUCUAAUUUGUAGGUAUGUGUCGUGGGUGUUGAAUGGUGUACUGCAGGGGAAAAAUGGAAAAGUGAUUAGUUGGUGGUUUCUGUAAAAUUGAAAUAUUCUGGUUAGGUUAUUGUCUUCGUAAUGUGUGAAGUUGUGCGGGUGCAUUCCCGGGGCAAAGUGUUUGUUCUGCAGAAUCAGGGUUAGGGGGGACGGUUACAUUGUGAGUGCGUGUUUGAAUGCGAGUUUGUUCCAGAUUGCAAUGGAGGUUGUGAGGGCUGGGGUUGUCUGUGGGAGUUUAGGCCUAGCUUGUUUUGGCAGCCAGAUAUAUAGUGGGGGGAUGUCCCUACUGAACAAGUCGUGUUCCAGAUCUACCCAUCUCUUAAGUCCUGCCGGGGCGUGUAAGGUUUGUAUUUGGGCUAGUUGUGCCGCGUGAAAAUAUUGUUGCAUCUGUGGUAAUCCCAGGCCUCCUGCCCUUGUGUGAUAUUCAUUACGCCCUUUCCUAUCCUGGCUCUUUUAUGUGCCCAUAUGAAUUGGUCUAUGUGGAUUUGUAGACUUUUGAAGUCUUUUGUGGAUUGAGGGAUAGGCAGCGUCUGAAAUAGGUAUAGGAACCUGGGAAGUAUGUUCAUUUUUAUUGAGGCUAGCCUAACCAGCCAUGAUAUGGAAAGACCUUCCCAUGAUGUGAUGUCUGUCUUCGCCUGUUGUAGCAGUUGGAUGUAGUUCAGGGAGUAGGUCUGGGUUAUAUCUGCCGGUAGGUUUAUUCCUAGGUAGUGAAUGUGUGAGGAGUAAACUCUGAGUCUAUCUGCCAUUAAUUUUGUGAACAGUUUAAUGUCCACGUUCAAUAGGGAGAUGGGCCUGUAGUGUCCUGGGUCAGUAUGGGUUUUGUUCGGCUUGGGUAGGAGGCAUAUAUUGGCCCUAAGCAUGUCUGGGGGUAUUGGAUCAACCCUUAGGAUAGAGUUGAAGAGGUUGCAUAGGUGGGGUAGAAGUAUUGUAGAGAAAGUUUUAUAGUAAAAGCCUGUGAAGCCGUCAGGGCCUGGGCUUUUUUUCGGUUUGAUGUGUCUAAUAGUUCGGGCCACUUCUUCUAUUGUGAUGGGCUUGAUCAGGCUUUUGGCCAUAGCCGGGGUGAGGGAUGGUAGUGGGAUCUCGUUGCACGGCCAUGCACGGCACUCAAGGUGUUUUUUCACGGCACUCAAGGCUGCUAGAGCCAAACAGGCUCUGGCCUAUCAGGAGUCCCAGUAAAACUUCAGAUAUCUGCUAAUACGAAAAGGUGGUGAUGGACAAUCCAUACAUUGCAGCACAUAGAGGAAGUGAUCUCAGAUCACUUCCUCCCAGCACUUGUGAAUGGGAAUCCACACUGUAGUAGAGCAGCCUGCAGCUGCUGUUACUGCUCCUGUCCUUGACAUGUACCUGGCCAGCCUGGUCCCCACUGGAACCCAGGGAAGCCACCCACACUGCUAGAUAUACACAGAAAUGCAGAAUAACCCUCCCCUCAUACAAAUAAUACGAACAGCCCACAAACAAACAUACACACAAUUCGCACAAACGUAACCCUCUAACAAUCCACAUACAUGCACACAACCCCACAUUCAGCCUCUCACAUGCAAUACCCCAAACAGCCCACACACACUACCAAACACACAAUGUGACAUAUCCAUCCACACACAAUUCCACAAGCAGCCCUCAUACAGAGCCCACAUUUAUAUGUUUUAUACACGAUACCAUAAACUACUAAUGAACACAUUCAAUCUAAUAGCUCAUAUACGCACAAAUACAAUGAUACAAAGCAAUUACAGUACAGAUAACACAAGUAGAAUACGGCAACAUACACACCUCAAUUUAAAAAAAGAUAGGAUCAGCACGCUAUGGGACAUCACAAUCCUAUAUCGGCACAGUGCUGCUAAAAGGUUGCCUACCCCUGGUCUAGGGUGUGCUUUGUUAUGCUAAGGUGGCAUUAGCCCCAACACUGGUGUGCAUUAGGUGUGUGGCUGGGUGACCAUUAAGGGGUGAGUGAAGAAUAAGAGAUAAGGCAUGCAAGUACACAUAUUGAACUGGGUGGGUACUGAACUGGUGGAGGACAGGCCGUCCGAAAUAAACAAAUAGAAGGUAGCUCUACACCACACUCCAAAUGUGGAGACUGAAUCAUACUUUUGUGGUAUAAACAAACUAUAUAGCCCACAAAUAAUUAUUAGUAAUAACUUACACAUAAACAACUGAAUAACCUUAAAGGGCUAAUCCUGAACAACCUAGAAAAAUUAUUAUAGAUGGAGUGGCGCUGGUCUGUUUAUAUGUGUUAAUAACUUUAUGAUGUAGACACAGUGCCAGAGUUCUGUGAUAAAAGGUUUACUGUUAGGGGAGAAAAGAAUAUGCUCCUGUAUUGUAUUGGAAAUUUGACGAUCAUACAAUUGAUUUUUGCCGCCCUAGGCAAAAGUAAAGUUUGCCGCCCCCCCCCCCAUGUGACAUCACAAUGCUCCACCCAUAUGAUCUGCCAUGUUAACUAACGCCAGUGCUGCAGUGCCGCCAUGUUUACAUUAUAAGGCAUGCAGGGACAGGCUAUAGACACCAGAACCACUACAUUAAGCUGCAGUGGUUCUGGGGACUAUAGUGUUUCUUUAAUGUGAGGUAAACUGGAGAUUAGUGCCACGAAUAAUAUACUAGAUUGCCUACUUACAACGAGAUGAGGAUGAUGAUGGGCUCUAGCUGCAGUCUGGCUCCACUGGUCUGGUGUAGAACAGGCUCUCUGGAGGCUGUUUGUAACUCUGGUUAAAAAAAUCAAUAUUCUGGGAGAACGGGAAGCAGCUCCAUUUUUGGGGGGCCCUUUACACAGCUCAAGGUCUGGGUCCCAGGGUCCACCUUCAUGUUCCACCAAUGAGUUUGUUCACAGGGGGUGGAGUGUGUAGGGGAUGUCCUGAUAUGUGUGUAAGGAAUGCAUUGUGUGAAUCUGUGUUUGUAUGUGUAAGGGCUGCAAGGUGUGUUUCUGUGUAUGUACAGGAUGCAGUGUGUGCGUGUGUAAGGGGUGCAUUGAGUGUGUGUAAGGAAUGCAUUGUGUGUUUCUGUGUGUGUAAGGGAUGCAUUGUGUGUAAGGGUUACAUUGUUUGUGUGUGUGUGUGUCUGUGUGUGUAAUGCAUUGUGUGUUUUUCUGUGUGCAAGGGGUGCAUUGCAUGUGUGUGUGAUGGAUGUCAAUCUCUCCCCCCUCCCUUGUUACUCUCUUCUCCCCCCUCUCCCUCCCUUGUCACUCUCUUCUCCCCUCCCCCUUCCCACUCUCAUUGCCCCUUCCUCCCCUGUAACUCUCACCCCCGUCAAUUUCUUCUCCCCCCCACCAAUUUCUUCUUCUCCCCCCUCCCCUACCAAUUUCUUCUUCUCCCCCUCCCCUACCAAUUUCUUCUUCUCCCCCCCUCCCCUCCCCAUUUCUUCUUCUCCCCCCUCCCCAAUUUCUUCUUCUCCCCUCCUGCCAAUUUCUUCUUCUCCCACCCUCCUGUAUUUCUUCUUCUCCCACCAUCCCCAUUUCUUCUCCCCUCCCUACCAAUUUAUUUUUUAUCCCUCCCCAUUUCUUCUCCCCUCCACUACCAAUUUCUUCUCCUUCCCUGUUCUUCUCCCUUCCUCAAUUUCUUCUCUUCUCCCCUCCUCCCAAUUUCUUUUCCCCCUCCCUCCCAAUUUCUUCACCCUCCCUCCCAAUUUCUUCUCUCCCCUCCUCAAUUUCUUCUUACCCCCUCCUACCAAUUUCUUCUUCUCCCCGCAGUUUCUUCUUCUCCCCCUCCCUACCAGUUUCUUCUUCUCCCCCCCCCUCACCUGCCAAUAUCUUCUCCCCCCUUCCCUCACAAUUUCUUCUUACCCCCUCCUCCCAAUUUCUUCUCCCCCCUCCCCUCUGGUUCUUCUUACCCCUCCUCCCAAUUUCUUCUCCCCCCUCCCUCACAAUUUCUUCUUACCCCUCCUCCCAAUUUCUUCUUGCCCCCUCCUCCCAGUUCAUCUCCCCCCUCCCCCUCACAAUUUCUUCUCUGCCCCUCACCCCUCACAAUUUCUACAUACCCCCGCCCACUCCCCUCCCCAUUUCUUCUCCCCCCUUCCCUCCCAAUUUCUUUCUACUCCCCUCCUACCUUUGUUGUAGCGUGGCCGAGCCCUGCAUCAUGAUGGUCCGCGGGUACAGGUUGCUUUUGUUUCCUGUACCCGGCCGGACUAACAGGAAGUGUUAGUCCGGCCGAGUACAGGAGACAGAUGCUCCCUGUACCCGUCGGACCAUCAUGAUGCAGGGCUCGGCCACGCUGCAACUGAGGGAGUGACAGGAGGGAGCGCUUCCCUCCUGUCAGCCCCUCUCCUCAGGUUGCGCCCGGGCGGUGCGGUCCGCCCUCAUGGACGCACCGCCCGGGCAAAGCUGCAGCUGCCUGAGGCUCUUUACAGAGCGCUCGGGCGGCUGCAGCAUGGGGGGGCCGGCGCUCCUGGCGGCGCCCCUUCCCAAGGGGCGCCCUAGGCGGCUGCCUAGUCCGCCUAACAAGUAGCGCCGGCCCUGGUUAAGGUGUGACAUGUGGGCUUGUCUUCGUGAAAUGGGAGGUCGGGGGCUGGUUCUAUAGUUUGAGGUUAGGUGUAAGUGCCUUGGGGCCCCACUGGUGACUUGCCAGUGGUUCAGCCCUGUACCCUCCCUGUGUAUGUGGGUACUGCCUGGACCUGUGUGAGGCAAUAUAAGCCCAACAACAAUAAAAAAUGUUGAGUUUGGCAUUAGCAAAACAAUAUAAAUAAUAUACUUAUCUGAAGGUUAAUAUGAGGAGUGUCCAUUCCCUGUAAAGAGUGCUUAUCAGAGGUAUCUUAGAGUUCAUCAAGUGGGACUCUAAACAGCGCCUCUGGGCUGUUGGGGUGGUCUCUUCCGUGUGUUCUGCCUCGGGGGAAGCGGGGUGUUGGGCCUAUUGGCGUCUGAGGUGUGCUGGUCUGGAGCUUGUAAAGUGAGGCCUACAGCUGAAGCAAAGUAUGUGAUCUUGGUCUCCUUGGCGAACCGUCAGCUUGAACGGAUGCCCCAUCGGUAUUUGAGGCCUUGUUGGGUUAGCACUGUCAUAAAAGGCUUGAGUUAUCUCCUUUUCUUCAGAGUUGUGGGUGCCAGUUCUUGAAAGAAAGUGAGCGUGUGUCCCUGAUAUUUUGGCGGUGUGUUCUGUGUAUUCGCCAUUAGCCUCUCUUUGGUGGUAAAGUGGAGCAUUCGUACGAUAAUGUCUCUUGGGGCUGUGGUGUUGAAGGCCGGUGGGCAGAGGGCUCUGUGUGCCUGAUCUUUUUCCCAGUCUUGGUCUGUGGAAUCUGGUAGCAGGGUUCAAAAGAUUUCCUGAAGCUCGGGCAAAAUGGCGUCCGCCAGCACUGUUUCCGGCAGGCCCCGGAUUCUAAUAUUGUUUUUUCUGGAUCGGUUGUUUAAAUCCUCAAGGUUAUCUUCCAUGAAUUGGAACUUGUUGCUCAGGUAAAAGAAAUCUUGGGUAUGCUGUGUUGUUUCUGUUUUUAAGCCAGUUAUGUCGCGCUCCGCCUGAGUUGUACGCUCUGUUAAGGCCUCGAGAUCUUCCUUGAAGCCCGAGAUUUGCUGAUCGAGCUCUGUUGCGGUGUGCAUCUUUAUUUCUGCAGUGGCUUCCUGUAGCAUGUGCCGGAGGUCCGGCUUUGUGAGCGGGGCUUGUUGUCUCUCUGAUGCAACACUGCCGUCGGAGCCUGAGUCUGGUAGGCCUUGGCUCAAAGAUGGCUGCCCUUGUUCCUUUGGGGUCCGGAACAAUGUGGCCACAAAGGGUGGAAGUUCUUUCUUUUUUUUUCAUGGCUCCCAUUCUCUCGUCAGUCGGGUUAUGUCGUGGGUUGUCGGGGGAGCCUUUUUGGAGGCUGGAUGCUUGGUAAAACGUGCGAAUGGUGGCUGAUUGUAACUCCUAAGAGGGAGAGCGAAGGGCUCACACGUCUGUCCGCAUUGAUGGUUAGACUCCACCCCCAGUCCAGCUCUUUUUACAGCUUGUGACUACCAUUACUGGACUGUGCUCACCUAUUCUUGCAAAAGAGCAUGUAACAAUUUUCCAUGUAUGUUUUAAAGUUCCAUGUAUGCUUACUUCCAUAUAUUCUUAUACGUAUGCUUGCAGUAAGUUUCUUUAUGUAAAAGCCAUAACAUUUUGGGAAUUUCAUGGAUUUAACCCAGAGGUUUCUCAGUUCAUUAUAGGGCCGCUUUGAACAAAUUUCUUAUUUUCAAAUUGCAAAUGGCUUGUUGCCUCAUGAAGACCUCACCAGGGCCUCUUAAAACAGCAGAUGCCAGAUUAAUUUCCUAGGUGAUUCUGCCCUUUUAUAGACAAUGUCACUCACUCAUUGUACAGAUGGCCCAAGUGAGGACCCAGACCUUCAACCUUGUUUCCUCCUUUGGAAAAGACAGAAAUCUAGGCAAGAAGAGAAGCAUAUGCUCUGAUAUCACCACUAUUAUAGAUUGUAAGCUCAUAAGGAGAGUCCUCAACUCCCGUUGUAUCUGUAUAUACCGUAUUUUUGGAAAAGUAAGUUUCCACAAUUUUAACGUGCAUUAGAUUUGAUGGCACAUUACAUUCAGGUCAAAAUUUGAAAUUUUCUGGCGAAUUUACACAAGCAAAUUAAAACUGGUGAAUUCAAGCGGGUGAAUUGUAGAGAUCUGCAGAAUUUGUUGCAAAGUCCAGCACACAGAAAUGAAACAAGUAACAAUAUCAGGUGCUUUAAAUACACUGAACAAAAUUAUAAACGCAACACUUUUGUUUUUGCCCCCAUUUUUCAUGAGCUGAACUCAAAGAUCUAAGACUUUUUCUAUGUACACAAAAGGCCUAUUUCUCUCAAAUAUUGUUCACAAAUCUGUCUAAAUCUGUGUUAGUGAGCACUUCUCCUUUGCCGAGAUAAUCCGUCCACCUCACAGGUGUGGCAUAUCAAGAUGCUGAUUAGACAGCAUGACUAUUGCACAGGUGUGCCUUAGGCUGGCCACAAUAAAAGGCCACUUUAAAAUGUGACGUUUUACUCUAUUGGGAGGGUCCGAGGGGGUGAAACCAGUCAGUAUUUUGAGUGGGCAAAAAUAGGGGCAAAAACAAAAGUGGUACGUUUAUAAUUUUGUUCAGUGUAUAUAUAAUAAUUUCAAUUUUUUUGGGGGGGUAAGAUAAAGUUCCCUUUUAUAUAUCACAGUAAGCUUUCUUAAUUCAACAACUGGUUCAUGUUCUACCUCUUUAGGUACAUUAAAGACCACUGACUACAAGCCAAGAUGUUUGCAAUCUGACUUAACCCAAACUGGCGUUCGUGGAGAACUGGACUGCCUGUAUUUGAACAUUUGGGUUCCCCAGUCCCGCUCUGCAGGUCAGUUGCUAUGAUGACACUAAAAUAAUGUACUAACAUGUGAGAAUAUUUCAAAAUAGAAUUGCUCAUCUACUCAAAUUCUCUACAUGUUUUCACAUUCAUUAUACUGAUGCAACUAUGGAAAAAUGUAUUAAACUAAGUAAAUUCUAAAUACCGAAUAUAAUCUUACUCUUAACUAUUCUGAAAUAUAUUUUUGGAAGAAAAGUCUUUUAAAGUUAGUCACUAACCUGGAAAUUGACCAAAUAAUUGUAGAACAAAAUUAUCGAAAAGAAAAGGCAUACAGAACUACUUCGAUCAAGUUUAGAAAAUCUAUGUGUGCCAUGCAAAUUUUAGGACCUUCAAGUUCAUAGAUUACCACAUUGGAUUUAUUGUGCUGGUUAGCCAUCCAUCAUUUACAUGGGUCCAGCAUAUUGUUCCCUUUGUUGCCCAACACUUGGUUGGCCUGUAAAAACUAGACUGUUGGGCAAAGCAACACAUUUAGCCUCUUAUGAUUGCAGUUUGGGUUGAACUGGUCAGUUUCUUUACAUUAGUGAAUUCAGCAUUUCCUAUUAUUAUUUGUAAUGAACGUCUAUUUUUCUCAGUCUCUUCAAAACUACCAGUUAUGGUGUGGAUCUACGGUGGAGGCUUCCUUCUUGGUGGAGGUCAAGGGGCCAACUUCUUGGACAAUUAUCUGUAUGAUGGAGAGGAAGUUGCUCUUCGUGGCAAUGUCAUUGUGGUAACCUUUAACUACCGUGUCGGACCUUUAGGUUUUCUCAGUACUGGAGAUUCUAAUAUGCCUGGUAAGACCCAUUUCCAUCAGGUUCUGUACCGACAUCUUAGUCUUUUCAUAGAUUAAUCAAAGAUGGUGCUGAGCUUUGCAUUAACACUUACAACUCCUUUUAUAUAAUCCCAAACGAUAUUAAACCAUUUCAUUAAUGGCCAGAAUGAUGGCACACAGCAAAACUUUAAAAGAUUUGAAAUGUCAGUGUUGUUUCAACAUCCCUAAUUAUGAACUUCUUGUACACAGGUAACUAUGCACUGUGGGAUCAACAUAUGGCUAUUGCUUGGGUAAAAAGGAAUAUUGCUGCCUUUGGAGGAGACUCCAGCAAUAUUACCAUAUUCGGAGAAUCAGCUGGAGGUGCCAGUGUGUCUCUGCAGGUACAGAACCCAGUUGGCAACAGGGCUGGAUUCAGUAAACAUAGAAUGAGACGACAGAUAAGAACCAUUUGGCCCAUCUAGUCUGCCCAAUUUUCGAAAUACUUUUAAUUAGUCCCUGGCCUUAUCUUAAGUCUAGGAUAGCCUUAUGCCUAUCCCUCGCAUGCUUAAAUCUCUCACUGUGUUAACCUCUACCACUUCAGCUGGAAGGCUAUUCCAUGUGUCCACUACACUCUCAGUAAAGUAAUACUUCCUGCUAUUAUUUCUAAACCUUUGCCCCACUAAUUUAAGACUAUGUCCUCUUGUUGAGGUAGUUCUUCUUCUUUUUCUUUUUUAUAUUCUUUAUUUUUGUCGUGCACAAAUCACAUUACAGGCAUGCCUUGCCACAACAGCAUAAGCACACAUAAGAUUAAUAUAGAAUUGAAAACAUUGUGGCUGUGGGUCUGCACAAUUUUUAUACGUAGUAGGAACAUAACGUCAGAGAAACAGGCUAAUACUCAGGUAGAUCACUGUGUGUCAUGCUAGGUAGUGAGCGGACAGUCUGCUGCAGAAUAGCUAGAGGAUAUGUCAAAGAUUGGUUGUCAUGCAGCGUCUGUAGUCUAUGGAAGCAUAAUCAGCAAUCUGAACAGAAAAGGAGAGGGUCUACCUAAGUGUCAAGAGAUAGUAGCCACUGGGUUGCUUGUAAAUACCUGAGCGUCAACAUAUAAGGUUAACUAGGUUAUAAGCUAAAAUACACGGUUAACAUUGCCAUCUGUGCUGUGAGAGAGCAUGUUUAAGCCACAAGCCAGGUAAAACCAUCAGCGUCCACAUUAGGUUUAUCAGAAAUCAGACCGUUUGUCAUGCUUCAGGAGAGGGUCUGAAGGAGGCAUUGUCAGCUGUCCUCAGCCAAUACCCCGUACAUGCCACAGUGAAAAGGCCAGCUCCAGGUUAGAUGUAUCGGUCCCUCUCUCCGGCAUGCCGAAAGUCAGGCUGCACUGCCCGUGCAGCAAACAAAGUGUCGGUGUUUUGCAGCAUGACAAGUCCCUGUCUCUUCGGCUCCGGGCCUUGAAGAGAGCCAGUGCCCUCGGUCCGUGGAUCCCCCUUCUCCAAGUGGCGGGAUCGUGGGUCCCCGGGGUUUCCGGAUGGCGGUCUUCCCUGCAGAUAGUCGAACUACUGCCUGGAGGGAUCUCCAGUUGGGCCCCCAGCCCAGAAGAGGGACGGGCAUCAGCUGCUGCUUGACAAGAAGUCUCUGUCUUGGGAAGGGUAUGUAGGGGUCCACGCUUGGCGAUGCAGUCCCAGAAGGCUUGGCAUAUUGCCUCAAACCGAGCAUCAAAGGCCUCUCUCCAGCUCCACAACCUCAGCACAGCUUGUUGGGCUGUGCUGAGGUUGUACUGCAGCGGCCAUCUUGAAGGUGCCGCGUAGCUUGCGGGUGUUCUCCUGUCAGGCUUCGUGGUGCAGGCUUAGUGGACCCAGUGGGGACCAGGAUAACCCCCACCUGUCCAGAGGGGGGGGGAUUAUGGGGUAGUUAGCCGUCCCCAUGUGUUGCAGCGUCACGCUGGGUAGAUGAUCAGCCGCUUCAUCAUUCCCGCAGCGACGGUAGGCCACAGUGAGGUCUCUGUGCGAGAUAUAAGCUGGUUAGUCGCUGAAAGCUUAACGAUCUUGCCCUGGGACACCAGUUACGGGUAAGUAGCUGGGUGAGUCGUUUGUGGCGGGCUGUCUGUCUGUAAUUCAGACAGGGUUUGUAGAUCAAGCUAAGAGCUCACUCAAUGUGCAGCCAGCCGCCAUGAUGCCCAGGCCCCGCCCCCAGUUUUUCUUCUUUUAAAUACAGUCUCCUCCUUUACUGUGUUGAUUCCCUUUAUGUAUUCAAAUGUUUCUAUCAUAUCCCCCCUGUCUCGUCUUUCCUCCAAGCUAUACCUCCUGCUAUGGAUUUCUGCACAAAUUGGUCAUAAAAUGUGAUCUGAUCAUCAUCUAAGUCACAACAAUCGACAAUCACAGUCUGCUUAAACUAAUAACACACAAAGAAUGAAAUGUUGCCAUGUUUUUAUUGAAUACACCAUGUAAACAUUCACAGUUAAGGUGGAAAAAGUAUGUGAACCCUUGGAUUUAAUAACUGGUUGAACCUCCUUUGGCAGCAAUAACUUCAACCAAACAUUUCCUGCAGUUGCAGAUCAGAUGUGCACAACGGUCAGGAGUAAUUCUUGACCAUUCCUCUUUACAGAACUGUUUCAGUUCAGCAAUAUUCUUGGGAUGUCUGGUGUGAAUCGCUUUCUUGAGGUCAUGCCACAGCAUCUCAUUCGGGUUGACGUCAGGACUCUGACUUGGCCACUUCAGAAGGCGUAUUUUCUUCUGUUUAAGCCAUUCUGUUGUUGAUUUUCUUCUAUGCUUUGGGUCAUUGUCCUGUUGCAACACCCAUCUUCUGUUGAGCUUCAGCUGGUAGACAGAUGGCCUUAAGUUCUCCUGCAAAAUGUCUUGAUAAACUUGGGAAUUCAUUUUUCCUUUGAUGAUAGCAAUCCGUCCAGGCCCUGACGCAGCAAAGCAGCCCCAAACCAUGAUGCCCCCACCACCAUACUUCACAGUUGGGAUGAGGUUUUGAUGUUGGUGUGCUGUGCCUUUUUUUCGCCACACAUAGUGUUGUGUGUUUCUUCCAAACAACUCAACUUUGGUUUCAUCUGUUCACAGAAUAUUUUGCCAGUACUGCUGUGGAACAUCCAGGUGCUCUUGUGCAAACUGUAAACGUGCAGCUAUGUUUUGUUUGGACAGCAGUGGCUUCCUCUGUGGUAUCCUCCUAUGAAAUCCAUUCUUGUUUAGUGUUUUACGUAUUGUAGAUUCGCUAACAGGGAUGUUAGCAUUUGCCAGUGACGUUGUAGCUGACACUCUAGGAUUCUUCUUCACCUCAUUGAGCAGUCUGUGCUGUGCUCUUGCAGUCAUCUUUACAGGACGGCCACUCCUAGGGAGAGUAGCAGCAGUGCUGAACUUUCUCCAUUUAUAGACAAUUUGUCUUACCAUGGACUGAUGAACAGCAAGGCUUUUGGAGAUACUUUUAUAACCCUUUCCAGCUUUAUGAAAGUCAACAAUUCUUAAAGGACCACUAUAGUGCCAGGAAAACAUACUCGUUUUCCUGGCACUAUAGUGCCCUGAGGGUGCCCCCACCCUCAGGGACCCCUUCCCGCCCGGCUCUGGAAGGGGGAAAGGGUUAAAAACUUACCUUUUUCCAGCGCUGGGCAGCCACUAGAGGAUUAGGGGGAAGGCUUAGCCCAUUCAUAAACAUAGCAGUUUCUCUGAAACUGCUAUGUUUAUAAAAAAAUGGGUUAACCCUAGAAGGACCUGGCACCCAGACCACUUCAUUAAGCUGAAGUGGUCUGGGUGCCUAGAGUGGUCCUUUAAUCAUAGGUCUUCUGAGAGCUCUUUUCUGCGAGGCAUCAUUCACAUCAGGCAAUGCUUCUUGUGAAAAGCAAACCCAGAACUGGUGUGUGUUUUUUAUAGGGCAGCUGUAACCAACACCUCCAAUCUCAUCUCAUUGAUUGGACUACAGUUGGCAGACAUCUCACUCCAAUUAGCUCUUGGAGAUGUCAUUAGUCUAGGGGUUCACAUACUUUUUCCACCUGCACUGUGAAUGUUUACAUGAUGUGUUCAAUAAAAACAUGGCAACAUUUCAUUCUUUGUGUGUUAUUAGUUUAAGCAGACUGUGAUUGUCUAUUGUUGAGACUUAGAUGAUGAUCAGAUCACAUUUUUAUGACCAAUUUGUGCAGAAAUCCAUAUCAUUCCAAAGGGUUCACAUACUUUUUCUUGCAACUGUACAUGUUAAGAUCCUUUAACCUUUCCUGAUAAGUUUAAUCCUUCAAUCCAUGAACCAGUUUAGUAGCCCUUCUCUGACCUCUCUCUAAAGUAUCAAUAUCCUUCUGAAGAUACGGUCUCCAGUACUGCGUACAAUACUCCAAGUGAGGUCUCACCAGUGUUCAGUAUAGAAUAUAUAGAUCAGAACAGGGCUAUUAUUUGCUUUAGUUAUUCUACGUGGUUGCCUGUUUGUACCCACUUAUGGACAUACCAAGAACCUUUGUUAAUUGUAGAUUGGUAUCCAUUUUUUUGACUGCUAUUUUUCUAGGUGGUCACUACCUUUCCACACCUCUCAUAAUGAGUAUCCUCAAUAAAACUAUUCUGGACAAUAAAGGGUUUGUGGAACAUCACAUGAGCGUAUGAUCAUGCAAUCCAGAUAAAGUGGUGCCAAUGCUGUUUGGUGUUAUUUUUAUGUGGCAACUGGCCAAUGAUGUUUCAGAAUUUCUUGGACUCAAAUAAAACAUGCACUCUUUGAUUAAUUUGAAAAACUCAUUUUUAUAUGUUUGUAUAUAAAGUGCUCGCAGAUUCUGUACAAUUGAGAUACCAUGUAUGACACGUAGGGAUGUUUCGGUAGAUCUAAAUUUACAUUUUCAACAUAUGUGUUCUUGAUAUUUGAUUCUUGAGCUCACCAAGUUUUGGUUUGUUUGUUUGUUUUUUCCUUCUCUUUGUUGCAGACUCUGACUCCUUACAAUGUUGGACUGAUCAAGCGAGCAAUCAGCCAGAGUGGUGUUGGACUUUGCCCUUGGGCAAUUCAACAAAACCCCCUGAAGUAUGCUAAAGAGGUAAUGAUCCCUUUUGAUCAGAGCACUUAUUCCAAACUUGGUGGCCAAUCCUUUGUAGAUACCAAGUAAUCAUUCGAAGUAUGGCCUACUGUGCUUUCUCCCCUCUGAUCUUUACUGCCUCCUUUGGUAAAUUCGUCAGCUCCUUUGGCUUCCAAUAUCAUUUCUAUGUGGAUGACAUGCAAAUCUAUUUGUCCUCUCCUGAUCUCUUGCUGCCCCUCUUGAUUUGUGUGUCUGACUGCCUCUCUGCUAUCUCCAACUGGAUGGCUGCUCACUUCCUUAAACUUAACCUGUCCAAAACAGAAAUUCUGGUCUUUUCUCCCUCGUGUGCUGCUACUCUCAUGUCUGUCUCCCUCUAAGUCAACGGUACUACCAUCAGCUCUAACUUGCAGGCUCACUGCCUAGGUGUUCUCUUUGACUCCAACCAAUCCGUCACUCCUCAUGUUCAGUUGAUCGACAAAUCCUGCCGCUUCCAUCUCUGAAACAUUUUUAAGGAUUGAAAUAUGAUGGAUCUCACAUAAUAAUUUCUACCCUCCCCAGUAGCACUCCAAAGGGUGAAAGCAUACGAAAGAAAAUAUAUCUGUUUAUAGACAUAAUCUUUAAACAGUCCAUAGAGGGACUGUUCUAAUUUCAUCAUUAAGCAUUAGCUGCAUUUUUAAGUACUAUGUAGUGAAGAUUGAUACUGUAGCCAGUCAAUGCUUUCUAAAAUUGUCAGAACAUUUGGUUCUGCCGAAUAAUUGUUUUAUAAAGGUAGAACAAUUUUCGGGGCACCUGCAUUUCGGCUGGAUGUUUGGCUCAGCCAAAUUUCAAUUUGGGAAUCAAAUCAAGAAAAAAAAACAAAAAGGCAGGAAAAUGGGCCAAUUGUGUUAUAUAUCUGUAUAUGUUGCACUACAAUGAUAGGAGCAUUUUCACAUUUGGUUCACAGGUCAAGUGAGAAAAAGUAACCAAUAGAGGGAAAAACAGAAGGAGGAGUAAAAAAUUAUAUAUUUUUAUAUUAUAUAUUUAUUAAAUAUAUCUUGCUCACUUCUCGCUUGAUCUGUGAAUAAAAUCAACAUUUAGUGACUGUCCCACAGCCAUCAAUUCCCUUUUUUUUGGUGCCCCCAAAACAUAUUUGGCAUUGUGUGGUUCUGUUAGUCCGUAACUGCAUAUAUUCUGGCUACAGUGCAGGAAUUUCACGAUUGGCCCAAGUUCAGCCGAGUUGCAGUUCGGUCUGAAACAAAUUUCCAAGUCUAAUGCUUUUCAAAUUUGUAUGAAAAUGACAUGGUUAAUGUCGAAAUGUAAUACACUAGAGCAGCAGUAGGCAGCCUUCGGUACUCCUUUUCUGACCCUAGUCUUUCAAUCUCUCGGUAGAUUUUAUUUUUUCCUGGAAGCUUUUUUGAUCUGUCCAUUGCUUAAUUUUAUAGAGUUUUCGUUGUUUUUUUCAGCUUGGAGCUAAAGUUGGAUGUCCUGUUCACGACACAGCAGUUCUUGCCAGCUGUUUAAAAGCUACUGACCCCAGUGCCAUUACCGUUGCAUAUACUCUGGAGCUGGUUGGUCUACAAUGUGAGUGCCGCGUUAGGAAAAAUGUGACCAUAUGGGAUUCUGAGAGCAGAAAGAAAUGGAACUUGUUGGUUAGCUAAAGCACACUGCUACCUAGGAUGCAUUUAAACCUUCACCAUCUUACUUGGGUGUUCUGAGGUUUGAGCAAUACAAGUCACUGUAGCUGUUGACAGCUUGACUAUGCUGUUACUAAUUUAGAAAAGAACACAGACUGUAAGGGGCACAAAAAUAAAGACACAACAAUAAAACAGAAAAAACAGGUCAGACUGUGGAGGGCAAUGAAAUACAAUGAGAAAUGUACUGAAAACCCGCAAAGAGGAGUGAGUAAAUGGCAAAAAUGGCAAAGACAAAAAGGGAUAAAAAAAAAGCAGGGAGGAUGAUUGAAACACAAAAAAUGGAGGAACUGGAAACAAAAUGGCACAAGGAGAGAAAGAUGGCAAAGGAAGUGACAAAAUGGAAGAUAGGUAAACUAGAGCUGGUUGGGUAUGAAGAGAAUUAGAAGCAGAAAGGAAUUGAAUGUUUGUAAUAAUAACUCUUAUUUUUUCAUGGCAGACCCCUUGGUUCAUUACCUGGCUUUCUCCCCUGUCAUCGAUGGGGACUUCCUCCCUGAUGAUCCCAUGAAUCUUUUUUCCAAUGCUGCCGAUGUGGAUUAUCUAGCAGGAGUAAACAACAUGGAUGGCCACUUGUUUGCAGGCGUUGAUAUGCCAGUUAUAAAUGAACCACUCCAGAAAAUUUCUGCGUAUGUCUAGUUUUCAUGCCUUGACCAUUGAAUGAUAGAAAGCAGUAAUUUAUGAAUGAAUGAUGUCAACUGGUAAUGAUUGGGGAUCUAAAGAAUGAUGGCAACUGGUAAUGGUAAUGGUUUUCAGUGGAUAUAAAAUUAGAGAAUGGAUCGCAAGUUUUGAAUGGACCACUAACCAAUGGAUUAUGUAAUUGGUGUAUCACUGAGUUCUGAGGGUGAAUUGAUGAUGUCACAUGAUAAAUGUCUGUGUCAUGCACCAAUCUGAUAAUGUUCUCUCUUAUAGAGCUAACAUAGAGAAAUUAGUGGAGGGACUGACUUUUCCCAAAGGCACAGAGGGAUUCACUAUGGCAUAUGACCUUUACACCACAAACUGGGGACCAAGUCCAAGCCAGGAGCAGAUGAAGAAGACUGUUGUUGACAUUGAAACAGAUUAUAUUUUCCUGGUACCAACACAAGAAGCAUUGGCACUUCAUUACCAGAAUGCUAAGUAAGUUAAAAAAAACAAACAACUAAAAGAGAAGGUAUUAUAAAAAAAAAAAAAGAUUGACCCUCAUUUACAAAUGUAAAAUUACACUAUCUAAAAAAAAUAAAAUAGAUGACAUUUGUUUAGCAAUGAAACAGCUAUAUUUAACCCUUCGAAUACUAGUUGAAAGAGGUAUGGUAGUGCUCAUGUUGUUUUUGAUGUGGUUCUAAUUUAUUUUUUUUCACUGUUUUAUGACGCUAAUGUCAUAUUAAAGCAACAUCAUUAUAAUGUUACCAUUUAUAGCGAUGACAAUUUUACCCCACAAGGAAGGAUUUCAAUAUGAAACACAUGGGAUUGUGGUGGGUAAAACACAUAAUCCUUACAGUUUGACCCAAAUGCAUAUAAAUAGCUCAAUACACAGUUUAAAGGACUUUUAGAAAGCCAACUGAAUGAGCUUUGAAUGUAUUAUUCAUUGUAACAAUAUAUCUCUAUCUAGAAAGAAGGUUAGUAUAGUUAUACAAAGGGUAAUCAAUGUUAAGCAAACAUUUCCAGGUAGAACCUUCAUAGCCUGGAAGAUUUUGGCGGCCAGCGUUUUCACAAAGACACAAAAAACACUGAGAAUUAUGUGAGUGGCCGUUUUAAACCAGAUCUCAUGUGUGCAUUACCCGAAAUCUUCAUUCUUAAUCCUAGGACUGCAAAGACAUACAGUUACCUCUUCUCUCACCCAUCCCGUAUGCCCAUAUACCCAAGCUGGGUAGGAGCUGACCAUGCUGAUGACCUGCAAUAUAUGUUUGGGAAACCCUUCAAUAACCAACUGGCUUACAGACCCCAGGACAGAGAUGUUGCAACUGCCAUGAUUGCUUAUUGGACAAACUUUGCAGCAACUGGGUAAGGACAAAUCAUCAUUGUUCUUAUACUUCAUGAACUAAGCAGGGGUUGGGUAUAUUCUAUUCACAGCUCUAAAGCUGUGACUUUCUGUUUUCAAAAGCCUACGUUUACAAGUGAGUUAAAGGAACACUCCAAUCACCAUAACUACUACAGCAUGUUGUAGUGUUUAUGGUGCCUCUAGUGCCCUACCACCCCCACUUUUAGUAGUCUAUUCAUUUUCUAACGGUUGGACUUCUUACCUGGGGUACACCAAGCACAACCUCCUGCCUGACUGCAGCUGGAAGCUCUCUGUCUGAGCUAAGCACACAGGUGUGGGGCUUAGCUCAUUGGCUGAGAGCAAUUACGCACAGCAGGGCUUACCUUAGAAAACCUAAUAGAAGCUCCUAGCAGAAUAUUCUGUCUCUUACUUUCAGCUCUGAUGAGACUUCUUACACUGGUUGGUUGCCAGGGCACAUCUGGUACCAUAACACCUCCUCCUGAGUGUUAUCAUAUCUGGGUUUAAAUAAAGAUGAACAUGUCCACAACCCUCAUUGAUCACCAUUCCAAUCCAGAAGGACUCUGAGCAGUUUGAUCCCUAAAGAGUUAUGUGAUGGAAGUCUAGAAUGGUGGAAAGAGGGGGACUACACGUUAUCCUCCUUUCUUUUGCAUAUUUGCCUAUCCAAGUCUGGAGGACAUCCCUUUAAGGCGCUGCUUCCAUGCCCCUCUUUUCACCAAUACGCACCUAUGACCAGAAACAAGAGAGCUUGGUUUGUUCAAGCUGCCUACUUCAAACUCUAAACAAGUGCUUACCCUGUGAACUAUUAUGAAGUCUAGAAUGGGCUACAAAUUACAGCAGAGAAAUUUAGGAAUGUGUCACAAAUAUGUUUUCUUCCACCUGUCUCCUAAAAUCAGCUGAGACCUCAAUGAGGGCUGUUCAGAGAUAAUGUCCCAUGAGUUCUAUGUUAUCUCAGCAGAUUUAUUACACGAUGAACUUAAAUAAUUUGUGGCUCUGUGGAAAGAGGAAAGUGGGGCUUUACAAAGCACUAACCACUGUUAUAAAUGGUAAUGUGGCCUAGAGCACCUUAAAACACACAUUCUUCUAGGCCGGAAGGAGGUGGGGCAUGAUAAUGAUGGUUACUAUAUCACUUAUCAACUCUGUGUCCCGAAAAAGGGGCCAUAUCAGUCUGGUGCAGCCUUGCUUGGUCAGCCCAUGCGCAGAGAUUACUCCAUGUUAUUACCUACAUAAAGCCACCAUGUCAUAUAUUUACUACCAGAGUCUUUUAACAAUGUUAAACGAGGACACAAGAGCUUGCAAUUUUCAACUAAAACACAUUAUAUGUGUAAUCAGUGUCCUGCUAUAUGGAAACACCCAGAAAAUGAAAGGAAAAACUGAAGGGUUAUUACAUUACACCCACAGCUGUUAGCAAGCCAUAAUUCACUGGAACAUUUGUCAACGUAAACCACAGGAAGUGGAAGUGGCAUAAAUUCUAGUGGCAUGUCCUUUUAUCUAACAGCCUGAGAGCAGGUAUUUAAACAAAAGUGUGACUUAAAAGAUUCACCUUCCAGCUUCAGUGUCACAAAUGCCAUCCUUUUCAUAUGAAGUAUAAUGAAUGAAUGAAUUAAUUAAUUUUUAUUUAUUUCACAGAGAUCCCAACACUGGGAAAUCCAAGGUCCCUACCCCUUGGCUGCCUUACAAUACUUAUUAUGGCCAGUAUCUAGAAAUCAAUAAUUCCAUCAGCUACCAGUCUAUGAAACAGAGUCUUCGUUCACCUUAUGUCAGAUUCUGGGUCCAGACCUACCGGAACCUACCCACACUCUAA